AUGUUCUUAGGAUUUAAAUGCGUAAUUUUACCUGAACAAGACAGUUCUGGGCUUUGUGCCCCAAUGCCACUUGCCAAUAAGCCUAAAAACCCUGGUAGAAAUGGAGGUGAAGUUGAAAAUGAGGAGUCCAUUUCAGAUGCUGACCUUGAUAACAUUGUUGGUGUUGGAGACAGCUCUCAGCUAGAGGAAAUGGAUCCUCCGAGCACACUUCAGUGUGAACUUCGUCCAUACCAGAAGCAGGCUCUCCAUUGGAUGAUCCAACUGGAAAAGGGACAAUGCAUCGAUGAGGGAGCAAUGACUCUUCACCCUUGUUGGGAGGCAUACCAUCUUGCAGACAAGAGAGACCGUGUUAUCUAUUUGAAUGCGUUUUCUGGGGAUGCAACAACAGAACUUCCAAGCACACUUCAAAUGGCCAGAGGAGGAAUUCUGGCUGAUUCUAUGGGCUUGGGGAAGACCAUUAUGACAAUAGCAUUCCUUCUUGCUCAUUCAGGACAUGGAUUAUCAGGUAGUCACCCUACAAGCCAGUCCUCCAGUGAAGAUAUUGAAAUUAGUGACAUUUCAGACCAUUCCCCAUCAAACCUACCAAAGAAGGUCACAAGCUUUUCAGGAUUUGAUAAGUUUAUGAAGCGAAAAAACACCCUUGCAGAUGGUGGCAGUUUGAUUAUAUGUUCCUAUGACUCUUCUAGGCCAGUGGAAGGUAGUUUUUGUCACUUUGAAGAACACCAAUUGUAG